CACCACAACCCCAAACCCCUCCAUUCACUGGAGGAUCAAUAAUGUUGAGCGGCUGAACGGCGAACUCUCAAACGCUGACAGACCGCGAGACAGACUCUGCUCCUCUGAAUAACACCACGGCCCCUUUUUUGCAAAGAUCACCGUGCGACAAAAGCUCUCUUAUCCAUUCCGAGCGCGAUCUGCCUGCUCACCUACCUACCUGCCUGUUUACCUACACCGAGAGCUAGGCUGAGCAAUUCUCUAUUCGAGAUCAGGCGCAUUUCCGUUUAAACCGCCUUAUCGCAGCCUACAAGAGUCUCGAAGGAAUACCCAUUGCAGCCUCAAAAACCCAUUGCGAAUCUUCAUACCACUCCAAACACCCGCCCUCGAGUAACUCCUUCUCCUGGCUCCCGCCUCACAAACAAACCGCUCUAAGCAAACAUGAGUUAUAAUACCCAGGAUGGCAAGCCACAGGUGCAAGCAUGUCGCUAUAAAACAGGCAAAACACUUGGUGCAGGCUCAUACUCGGUGGUGAAGGAAUGCGUACAUAUUGAUACCGGUCGAUACUAUGCUGCCAAGGUGAUAAACAAGCGAUUGAUGGCUGGCAGAGAACACAUGGUAUGCAAAGAGAUAUUGUCAUAUCCUACUAUGGUAGGAACCAAACAACGCUGACGCCAUAUCCGAGUAGGUGCGCAAUGAGAUCGCCGUCCUCAAACGCGUUUCGGUAGGCCACCAAAACAUUCUUACCCUCGUGGAUUACUUUGAAACUCUGAACAACCUGUAUCUGGUUACCGACCUGGCCCUUGGUGGAGAAUUGUUCGACCGGAUCUGUCGCAAAGGAUCUUAUUACGAAUCCGAUGCCGCCGACUUAAUUCGUGCUACUUUAUCUGCUGUAGCCUACCUUCACGACCAUGGUAUUGUACAUCGGGAUCUGAAGCCAGAGAACCUUCUUUUUCGAACACCGGAAGACAAUGCCGACCUUCUCAUUGCAGACUUUGGACUCAGUCGGAUCAUGGAUGAGGAGCAAUUCCAUGUCUUGACUACUACAUGUGGUACACCAGGUUACAUGGCACCGGAGAUUUUCAAGAAGACUGGACAUGGCAAGCCAGUUGAUAUCUGGGCCAUAGGUGUAAUCACCUAUUUCCUGCUUUGCGGAUACACACCAUUUGACCGAGAUUCCAAUUUGGAAGAGAUGCAAGCUAUCUUGAUAGCAGAUUACUCAUUCACUCCAAUUGAAUACUGGCGCGGAGUUUCAUUACAAGCUCGGGAAUUCAUUAAGCGCUGCUUGACGAUUGACCCAACCCAACGUAUGACAGCCCAUGAUGCUCUAGGACAUCCAUUUGUCGCUGGUCUCACAGCAGGGAAUAAUGGCACACCGCAAAAGGGAAGCGAUCUUCUACCAGUUGUCAAGAAAAACUUCAACGCACGUCGUACUCUUCAUGCAGCUAUCGAUACUGUCCGUGCCAUCAACAAGCUUCGCGAAGGCCAAGGUGGAAUGAUGGAUGGCAUUACAUCGAGUGACCCUGCAAAGGGCGCUCCACCUCUCCCAUCCGAACAAUACAAACCCAAAAACGACUCCGGUCUGGGCGGAAUGGGAUUGGGCGAUGAGGGACAAAUGGACAUCAGUGAUUCUGGAUAUGUGACUGGAACUGGACAAUUGGAAGGCGGUGCCUAUGAUACUCAAGGUGACGCUCCGAUGCGGGGUGUGGAGAGGCAUUCGGGACAAGGACAGACAGAAGCGCAGAUCCAGGCGCAAACAAGGAGAAUUGCCGAGACGACAAAGGGAUUGUGGAGUGCCGGUCAAUCGAGAGUUUCCGGGAGAUAGAUGAGGAAUUGUAUAAUUUUUCCUACAACCUUUUUCUUACGAUACAGAGAGGGGAAGGGAGUGGACGCAGAAACGAAUGGAUCCCUGGCAAGUCUUUUCUUCUUUGGUGUAUGUUGAUGGAAUGAAAUGGAUAACAUGGGAAACGAAUUGAAUGAAGUCAAAAAAUGAAUGAAUGGCAGACCGACAAGUUACCAGGAAAGGUCUGUCUGUGUUUGGGAUUGGGAUAAUUGGAUGGAGUACCUUCUUAUGUUGUUGUUUUCGGGGCUAUACCACGGUACCACAACUAGCUCAUCUAGGUAUUUUUUCCCUCUUUAAUGAAAGGAACACGUUGAUGAGAUUUAUUUUUUCCUUCGAUGCCUAAAUUUAAGAGUUCGACCUCUGGUUUCCUCUCUGAGGCUUUACGAGAUACGAGGUAAAAGAGACACCUUUUGGGGGGACAUGAGUAGCGGUACCAUAUGGAGUUUAAAGGGAGAAAGGAAGAUGAGGUGUCAAUGAUACCGAUUUCGAGGGUUAUUUUGGACCUCUUUUUGGGGGUUGGGUUCGGUUCGGGUUAAAUACUUCUCUUGGUAAGAUUAUC